GAAACGCUCCAAAGGAAAAGGUUUGACACAAUUGAAAGGAAGGGGGAGGAGGAGCGCCUCUGCUUGCCGUGGUUAAAGCAGUACAGAGCUCAGUGUGCGCACUGACAGCAUGGCAGGAGACAGCGACAGCAAGUUGGACAAUCAAGCCGAAAAUGAGCAUGUUGUCAGGCAACCUUUCCUCAUCGGGGUAGCCGGCGGCACUGCCAGCGGCAAGUCAUCAGUUUGUGGGAAGAUUAUGGAGCUUCUUGGCCAGAAUAAAAUCGACCAUCAUCAGAGGCAGGUGGCCAUCCUCAGUCAGGAUAGUUUCUACAGGGUACUGACCUCUGAACAGAAGACCAAGGCUCUGAAAGGACAAUUUAACUUUGACCACCCGGAUGCGUUUGAUAAUGAGUUGAUAGUCAAAACCCUUUGUGAUAUCAUGGAGGGAAGAACUGUCCAGAUUCCUGUCUACGACUUCGUUACCCACUCAAGGAAAGAAGAGACGGUCACUGUUUAUCCAGCGGAUGUAGUUUUAUUUGAAGGCAUUCUUAUGUUUUAUUCGCAAGAAAUCCGAGAUCUGUUUCAAAUGAAGCUGUUUGUGGAUACGGAUGCAGAUACACGUCUGUCACGCAGAGUCCUGAGAGACAUCAGUGAGAGAGGCCGUGACCUAGAGCAAGUGCUAAGCCAAUACAUAACAUUUGUUAAGCCUGCCUUUGAGGAGUUCUGUCUGCCAACAAAAAAGUAUGCUGAUGUGAUCAUUCCAAGGGGAGCUGAUAAUCUGGUUGCCAUAAAUUUGAUAGUGCAACACAUCCAGGAUAUUCUAAAUGGUGGUUUAACCAAACGCUUGAACGGAUACCUCAACGGCCACAACACGCCUCGUAAACGGCAUCCUUCAGAGUCCAGCAGCAGGCCGCAUUGACCAGCCCUCAAUCAGGAGAGAAUGAAUGUGUGAAGGAUGGAUGCAAGAGAAAAGAAGGAUUGCUUGUGCAUUCUGUUAAUUAGCAACACUGUUUAAGACAAAAAGAAUCAUGAAAAAAUUCAAGAAUUUCAAAGACUGCCUUUUAUUUCAUUCUGCUUCCUUCUUUUUGUUUUUUGGACUGGCUACACUUGAUGUUUUAGGAGUAAGAAAGAUAAAUUGAACUUCUAGUUCUGGGAUUGUUAAAGGUCAAAAUGGAUAGUUCCUCUAUUUAUUUUAGCAUUUUUAUUUUAUUUUUUGUACUACUUCUUUAAGAGUAUGUUUGUUGACUAAAAGUGGGAAUGCAGAUAAUUUAAAUGUUACAUGAUUCCAUGGUAAUGAGGAUUGAAUAUAUAUUUUUAAAAUUAUUAUUAUUUUUUACCUCUGAUCCUUUUUUUUUUUUCCUAUCAGAAAGGACUACAUUUGCAAAUGUAUUUGUUUAAAGAACCUCUUCACUGGAUAGAGUCCAAAAACAGUUGUUUUAAAAGCCAAUAUUUUUUUCUUUUUGGUUGACAGUGAUGGAAUAAGGUUUUAGUAUUCUGGCAUUAUUUAUAUGAUGUCCCUCUAUGAUCAGUGUUUCUUGCAGAAGGAUAAACAUUUAUUCCUCCUUUUCACUUGAACAAUUCAGGCAGUGUUACUACGUCACAACAGGCCUCUCAGGGUGUAGUUACUACAAAUGAAAACAAUAACUCUCUUUUGUCCUAAAAGGAACGAGACGUCUAUACUGAAGACAUCACAGACCACACCUCUAAGAUAGAAAGGGCGCUAAUCUGGCUAAUUAAGCAGAAGUAAAUUUGUUGUACAUACUGAUACUCGGUACCGAAUUUCAAACCUUGUACUUCUAGAAUAUUUAUGGAGAUGCCAUGUGAUCCUCAUUAAACAUGGUCAUGUGCUUUAAAACAAAGCCCAGUGGUUGAUUGUGCAGCAUUGCUGUGGAGUGUUUGCAAACAGUGAUCUAUUUGUCAAGAGAUUUAUGUUCAUAUACUAUGCACUGUACCCUUGACUCUAAUAAUGCAAUUUGACACUCAGUUUAUGAUUCGUUAAUUAGACUUGUGUAAGGCAUUUAGACAAAUGGAGAUGCUUACUUGAAAUGAAUUCUCAGAGUCUCUUCAUCCUUUACGAAGGUUUUUUAUUUUUAUUUUUUUUAACCCAUUAUUUUACUAGCGUUGUGAUUUAAUAUAUACACCAUGAUGCCACUUUGGUAAGUCUUUGAAAAAACUCACCAAAGAGUUAAUUUAGUUUUCUUCAACAGAUGUUUUUGUAGUCCGAGCUGUGUAAUUUCCAUACACAGUACAUAUUUUCCCUUGUAGCUCGGUUUUCCUGCAUCUUAGAGCCAGAGAGAAGCCUUUUAAGGCACUCUGAAAUCAUUCAGGGAUGUGAAACUGAACAAUCCAACCUUUAAACUUGACCCUGACUGUAAAAUGACCCCAUAUAUCUUCCCUUUGAUCCAUAAAUCUUUAACUUAAAAUUGGUUAAUCAUUGAUUUAUGAUUUGUUCUUAUUUAACAUUGUUUGUAAUAUUGCUAUAUUUUAUUUUCUGGUUGGCUUCAUUCGCAUUGCUGCUAUGAUACAGGGUGACUCAUUUACUAUCCUAUGUAAAAAUUCUAAAUUAUUAUUGAAUGAUGUGAAUAUUUAUUUGAUUGAAUACGAUCGUUUUGAGGAUAAUGCCAUUUUGUCGUCAUUAUUUAUAUUUGGGCCAGAUAAAAAAAAAAAAAACAUUUUGUGACUUGAAUAUUUAUUUGGUUAUCAAAGGCAUUCUUACCCCUGGGCUGUUUAUUUGGCCAAAAUUGCAUAAAUUAUUAUAAAUCUUUUGUUGACGUCUGGUCCUUGGUUUCGUUUGGGUAUUAAAUGUGUGAUUCGAUCAGUAUGUUCAUAGAUUCAUUUUAAAAUUCUUAAACCAGUUUAAAACCACUGCAACAAAUUUUGUGCCAUCAUAAAGUUUUUGUAUGUGAACUUA